ACUCUGUUUCCACCGUAAAGGAGCGGGGUUGAGCAUUUAAAACUGUGCGUCUGGAAGGAAGAACAGUUCAGUCUGAAAUCUGGAAGGAGCUUGGUCUCAGCAAAUAUUAGAAGUCUUUAAAAUUUCCAAGCCCAGGGAACACUUGAGUAUUUUUUACCUCAGUUAUCAUCUCUUGCUGGAGAAGCACAAAGUAUCAAAAGAUAUCAGAAGACCAGGAAAGUGAUGAGGACGACGCACCUGAACUUGAGCGUGUGACUAACCUGGAUGCCAGGAAAUUUGUAGCGAGAUUACGACGGUACUUCAUGCAGGACGGCAAUGAAGGCAGUCCUAUAAUUCCACUAGGUACCUGCGCUGAUUUUGUUCCUUUGCAGUCAAUAAGAAGAAUACGGCAAGACUCAACGGUGAGCGCAUCAUCUGGCCAGAAUGAAGUAUCUUGUAGCUGCGAUAAACUUCCUGUUAUGUGUACUUCUCAACGGGAAUGAAGCAGCCAGUACCCAAAACCGUGGGGUUUUAGAAGCGAUACUGAAGUUUAUACCUGAAGGAACACGAUUUUUCAAUGAGGAACCACCAGAUACGAAUAAAAUCCUUCCAGAAUAUGAUUUUAUUGUAGUUGGUGCUGGUUCGGCCGGUUGUGUAGUGGCCAAUCGCCUCAGCGAAGUGUCCGACUGGGACGUCCUUCUCAUCGAAGCCGGAGAUAAAGAGAACUAUAUAAUGGAUAUUCCUAAUAUUGCAAAUUUGUUGCCAUUCACUGAGGCGAACUGGAAGUAUAAAUCCGUUCCAAGUAGCUACUCGUGCCUCAGCAUGGUAAACAGACAGUGUAGGUGGCAUCGAGGGAAAGUGAUGGGAGGAACUAGUUCUAUUAACUUCAUGGUCUACACUCGGGGAAAUAAGAGGAGCUACGAUCAAUGGGAGGAAAUGGGGAAUCCUGGAUGGGGGUACAAGGAUGUGUUACCAUUCUUCCUCAAACAUGAAAAUAUGAACAUUCCAGAUUUGGCUUGUAACAAGAAGUACCAUUCCACGGGCGGGGAACUAACCAUCUCCUAUGCCCCAUACCGCACUCCAUUAGCUGAUGCUUUUGUAAAUGGUGGCAAAGAGAUGGGGUAUAAUAUAAUUGACUAUAAUGGAGAAAAACAAAAUGGCUUCAGUUAUACGCAAUCAACGACAAAGAAUGGUACUCGAUGUAGCGCAUCAAGGGCAUUUCUACAUCCAAUAAAAAAUCGGAAGAAUUUUCACGUCAAAAAGAGAAGUCGUGUAACUAAAAUUUUAAUCGACCCAGUCAGUAAAGUAGCAUACGGUGUUGAGUUUGUCCAAUACAACAAGAAAUACAGAGUGCUUGCAAGAAAGGAAAUUAUAUUAUCAGCAGGUGCCAUUAAUUCUCCUCAGAUUCUUAUGCUCUCAGGAAUAGGACCAAGGAAACACCUUACAGACAUGAAUAUUCCUGUUUUUCAGGACCUGAAGGUCGGAUACAAUCUCAUGGAACAUGCAGGAAUCCCAUCCCUUCAAUUUAUCAUAAACCAGUCCGUUACUUUUAUCACUAAUGAUCUCAUAAGAAAUAGGAGUGCGUUUUUAGAUUAUUUUUAUUAUCACCAAGGCCCGUUUUCCGUACCAGGAGGGGCCGAAGGAAUCGCAUUUCUGGAUACAGGAAAUCCUAGUAACCCAGACGGUAACCCCGAAAUUGAAAUUGUUUUACUAGCAUCCAGCGUUUCUUCCGAAAUAACAUAUCAUAAAUUGCUGGGGUACACUGAAGAAUUUUAUAAUGCUGUAUAUAAACCAGUUGAAGGGGUUCCUUCUUUUACGUUAGUGGCGGUGGUUUUACAACCAAAAUCUAAGGGUAGGAUUAUGCUGAAAUCUGCAGAUCCCUACGAUAAUCCUCUCAUAUAUUACGAUUUAUUCAGCAAUCAUGAAGACGUGGAAAAACAGGUACUUGGAAUAAAGGAAAUUCUGAAGUUGAGUAAGACGAAGGCGUUUCAAAAGUUCGAUGCCAAGUUACACGAUAUUCCUGUACCUGCCUGUAAACACCUGCAGUUUGGCUCGGAUGAUUACUGGCGAUGCGCAGCAAGACACACGUCUAUAGGCCUCUGGCAUCAUAGUGGAACUUGCAAGAUGGGUCCUUAUUGGGACCCUAACGCUGUGGUGGACCCCAGGCUCAGAGUGUACGGUGUGAAAGGUCUUAGAGUCAUUGAUGCUUCUAUUAUGCCAACGAUUGCUGAUGCGCAUAGUAACGGUCCGUGCAUGAUGAUUGGAGAGAAGGGAGCUGACCUUGUGAAAGAGGACUGGGGGCAUGGGGCAGCUUCUCACUGACCAUUUUUUAAACAUAAGGAUUGAGCUUCUAUGUUGUUUAGAUAGAAAUGUUUUGAUUGCUUGCAACGUUAUUGAAAUUUUGAAGCCCGAAGCUGAUGUAAUAUUUAAAAAAAAUCAGUUCUACAACUGAAAUACAAGGCGUCCCCAUUACAAAAUCAACUGGUCUCCUUUUAAUCGUAUUUUACUCCGUCGAUCAAGCGAAACUCAUAAACACACUAUGUUAGAGAAAUGACGACAUUCUAGAUGUUGAAGAAAUAUAUUUCACUGAGCUUUAAAGGGUUGAAAACUUUGCAUGCAACCAUGUUGUUUAGAUAUUACAGACCAUGGUCAUUUAUAAACGAAAUGUAUUUACAUAUUAUGUUGCAAGUAUUUAAUAUUAAUCAUAUAAUCAAAUUAAACACAUUCUGUAAAUUAA